AUGGCGCUCACCGAAAAUUCAAGAUAUUUGUCGGACACCCUCGUCGAAUUACCACAACGGAAAGCCAUGCCGGAACCUCAGUACCGACGGCUUUGCUGUGGAAAGAUCGGAUAUGAGGUCCUCUCCAUCGUAUGGCUGAUCUUACUGGUCCUCGGCUGCGUAGCCCUGGCCAUUCUACCGUACCCAGACGUCAAUCACUACUUUCAGUACAGCGGAUCGCAGAAUGGAGCCCGGAUAUUUGCCUCGGUGAUGUUCUUCAUCCUCGUCUGCCUCUGCAUAUCGAAAUUCAUGAUGCAACCCUGCGAGCGCGAUUGGGAUUGCCCAAAGGGUUCCGGCGAGAUUUGCAUCUGGAAGAAGUGCAUCGAGCAGCCGAGCUCGAAUUAUCAUGAUGAGCUA